CAGAUAAAGCUAGAAGUGUUACGAACAAAUCCGUGAUAUGUCUGAGCUAUUUGCGAUGAAUUUCUGUCUUAACAUUUACUGAUUCUGCUGGAAGUAUUCUGACAGGUUCCGCGCGCUGCAGAAGUCAUUCUCACCUCCAUUUUUACCUGGAUACCUGUUCUACCUGGAAUCUUAUUAUCAGCAACAUUUGGAUUACUCUGAACUUACCGUUUAUAUUUUACCUAAGUGGAAUCGUCCAUUCAGAAGCACGAGCCAAGAUCUCUAUGGGAAUGCAGACGGCAUGUUCAUUGCUUGUUGCUAUAGUUACUAUCCGGCCUAAAAUAAGAUUUGGCAGAUAGUACUUCAUUUAUCAUCGUGUGGAAAGUUUGGGAGUUUACCUAUAUAGAACAUACCUUGUUUCUUUUUGUUUUAAGUCUCCGGUCCCGUUUGAAGGGUAUCAGGUGACCAUGGAGACGAUAUGGCUACAGCGACCCAGUGGGGAUAUACCCUGGGGAUUUCGGUUACAAGGGGGCCGGGAAUUCGCCGAACCACUUUCUGUUCAAAGGGUAACUCCCGGAACAGUCGCAGCCGGUAAUUUAUCACCGGGGGAUCUCAUUCUAAAAAUAGGCAACGUGAACGCUACAAAUAUUACCCAUAACGAGGCUCAAGAAGUUAUUACUGGCGCAACUAAUAUUUUACAGCUUACGAUUAAAAAGAGCGGGCUCACUAGUGCCCCCUUGUCGCCAACAUCGGCUGCUCCACAAUACUCUAGUCCACAGCAAAUUCAAAAUCAGUACUCGUCUCCUCAAGAUCAAUCCCCAUUUCCGGAUUAUAGAGUAGGAAGUGGUUAUCAAGGAUACAAUGUGAACAAUUCUGACGGAUAUAAUUACGCGCAAGAAAAUAGUGCCAGGGAUCCUUACGAUAUGCGCCAGUUUGAGCAAACGCCACCUAUCAGUGGCUAUAGCACACUACCUGCUAGGGGUGGUAACAGACAAAAUAGUGAAAGUUUUAGACCUGUUCAGCAACAAAAUCAAAAUAAAUAUCCAUAUAAAUCUACCACUGGUAUUCAGUUGCAAAUCAAUCCACAGUCACAUAAUGAACCACGUGACGAUUAUCAGCGUUCGUAUAAUGACAGUGCUAAUUAUAGCCAGAGUCAACCUAUGUCACCCGUCAACUAUAUGAAUGGGGAUUCUAAUUAUCAAAGACAAACGUCGGUAGGUACAAACAGAUCUGAUACUAACAAUGGUUAUCCAUCAAGUUACUUUAAAAAGCCUACCCCUUUCUCUUCAUCAUAUAACAAUCAAAACGGAAGUUCGACUCCACCGCCACGGCUUCAGCGUCAAACUAGUCACGGAAGCGUGCACGAUUCAACUAUAUCACAAGGAUUUAGACCACCAACUAUCGAUGACGCUCCGCCACCGCCGCCUCCACCGACGAAUUACCAACCGGAGCAAUACCGACGUGCUUCAUAUGACCAGGACGUUGGCAGACCACAAUAUCAAAGACAGACUUCAAACCCAAGCUACAACUCUAGUCCUUAUGACCAACGGUCAAAUGAUUACAACCAGUACCAGAACCAGUCUCAACAGUAUGAACAUCAAGGGUCAAGGCCGUUUGAGCAUGAUUCGACUCCUCCUCAUUACCAGCGACAGACUAGCAAUCCACAGUACUAUGGUGAAAGAAACGAGCCGUCUUUUCAAAGGCAGGCCUCUUACGGCUCCCAGCAACAACAACAACCACCACCACCACCACAAGGUUAUGGCUCACCAUACACACCGCCACAAUCCUACGGAGGUCAACAGGCACCACAGCAGUUUAAUCGCCAGUCAUCACGUGAUCAGCAACAACAAGCGUACAACAGACAGAAUUCACGUGAUCAACAUAUAGAUCAGCUUCAAUAUCCUACAUCACCACCUGGAAGCACAAUAAACAGUUUUGACGACAUUUUGUCGCCUUUCGAGAACUUUCAAAACUCAAACUAUUGUGACAAACUUUUUGCACGAGAUAAUCGUGGUGAUGGAGAUAGUGGCGUUGUAUCUGAUUUAAAUUCGGACACGCCACGUUCGAAUAUGUCAUCUAACUACUCAAGCUACAGUCCACCACAACAAUAUCCGGGCGGGUACAAUAGCAGAGGGGAGGUACAACAACCACAGACACUCCUACGCCCUGCUCCUCAAGCCCCGCCUCCACCUCCCGUGACUCCUCCUCCUCCACCUCCUCCACCACCUCCCAGUGAUUGGGCGCCUACUCCUAAAAGAAAAGUACCGGCAUUGCAGGAUCAACAAGGUGGUGGAGAGGCUCAAAUGCCAGACAAAGUUCUAAACACAAUGCUUAAGAACAAAGGAACACAGAAACCUUUCGCUUACGUUCCGACGGGAACAGAUUUAAAGGAAUUCAAGGAAAGAGCUAGAGCACGCCGGCAACCUCGGCCAGUCAUGCCUCGGGGUUAUGUUGGACCUGCAUUAGAUGACGAUUCUGCAGCUGAGCCACAGCAGCCGCAAACGUCUAAAUCUAAACCGGGAGCAAUGCCAAAUCCGGACAGCGGUGUGUAUAAACAUGCGCAGUACAACUCUCCACUUAGAAUGUACUCUUCUGAUAGUGCCAAAGAGCAGUUCAACAUCCAGAGCGGAGGCAACGUAGAUGUAACUGGUGUUAACCAAAGUAAUAACUAUCAGCCCAAAAUACCUCCGCACUUUAUAAUGGUGCCACAGAAGACCGUUCGUACACCAGAGAAACCACCAUCUGAUAUUAAAGAAUCCGAGGUCUACAAAAUGUGUCAAGCAGCGGACGCUAAAGGUAAGGAAACUAACGUGUCUGACUUCACUCAAAGUGAGGCCGAAGUGUCACGUGACCCUGUCUCAUGUGAUCCUGUAUCACGUGUUGACAGAGUAAGUGUCCCGCUUGAUCAACGACGUGAAUCACAAGAAAGAGUAUUUUCGCCGCCACCAGGAGCACCUAGAGGUCAAGGGUUAUCAUUCCGCGUGUUACAAUGGUUAACUGAUACAGCCGACGAUGACCAAAUCGAAGGUCAAGAAAGCUACAAACCAAAGAAACCACGUGAUCCAUUAUUACGUCAUAACUCAGAAGAUGACGAAAUGAGGUUUUCAGGCCUUCAUACAAAAGCCGAUUUACCAUCAAAAGCUUUUCACAGGCUUAAUAAAAUGGUUGGUUCAGACAAUCUGAAUACCGGUUCAAACCAGACAAACAAUCGAGGAAACGACGAGAAUAAUGAGGAGCCUGAAAGAAUAGGAAAUUAUAAUGAAGCGUCUAUAAGAUACAGAGGUAAUCAUAUUCCAUCACCAUCUUUCCGACUACUCCAGACGCUUGCAAAGGAAGACGAUUUGAGGAAGCAGUCGGGUUCUCCUUCAAGUCGUACAAUUAGUGAUGACGAAGAUGACGGUAUGCCUGAUAGACUUAACGAGGAAGACAUGGUUGAUAAAAGGUACACUGGUGCUCAUAUACCAUCCAAGUCUUUCAAGGCACUCCAAAUGUACAUGGAUGACGAUAAAACUGGAAGCGAAGGGGAUACAGGCGGUCCGAAGAUAAAAGUAAUCAGCCCAACCAAGUCACCAAAGGUUUCUCCAAAGCCCGACAGACCAGUUAACAGUCCAGUUCCUCAGCCAAAAGAAGCCCCAUACACUGACUUCUAAAUUCACUUGCUUGUUAAAAUAAUAUGAAUUUUGCUAUAUGAAUAUAGCAAGUGAAAUAAUGACAAAUAUUUUCAUAUGUGCAACGUGAAAACCACUUGAAAACCACUUACAGGAAGGUGUCAAAAAGAAAUCUUUGCUUUAUAAUGUAGACAAACUGGUGAUCAACAACUAUUGUACUAAGAUAAUGAGAUUUUUUUUCGUGCAGUGCAUGCCGUGAAUAAAACAGUUAUAUGAACAACGAUUUAACAAGUAUUGUCAGAAACUAAUAAUUUUUUGAGAUAAUGAUAAUGUUUUAAUGAAAUUUACAUUUUGUAUAUUCUUUUUUAAAUAAUGAAUUUGAAAUUUACAAUGUUUUAAAUGUUACAAUUAAAUUUGUCGAAUGUCAUUUUUCAUGUUUAUAUCUGGUCAGAAUGAUUGCACAUCAUCAAUUAAGAUAAAAGUAUGUAUAUAUGUUGUUAUGAUAUAUUUUCAACGAACUCUAAAGUUAUUUAAACUUUAGAAAAUAAAUGGUUUGAAUGGUCAGAACAUCUCAUAGUAUUGAAGUAUUGAUUAAAUUGUACUAAACUUGUAUGAUUUGGAUUUCAGAUUUCUAGGUUUAUCUAUUUCUGUCCAUGCAAACAUGUGUACUUUAACAGUAGUUUAUCAUAUAGACCGUACCUGUAUAUCUAAUUAACCUCCCAAGUGUGACAUUUUCAUCGUUUUUGUAUUAUGAAUAUUUUCCAAAACAUAGGUUUAAAUUUGAGUAAUUAUGUAAUAUUUUAUGCGUGUAUUGUGAACAGAGAAUCGAAAGAGGUGUGUUUGAUAUCAUUGUACAAGUUUAUAUAGUUGUUUUAAUUAAUUAUAUAAACCUUGUUAAUCGUACAUUAAGAAUGUUGGUAUGAGAGAAAAUAUGAUUAAAUUUAGUUGAGUGCAGCUUACUUUUCAGGUAAAUAUGUUCUGCGCAUGUAUUUAAGAAAAAGCGAUUUGUGAAAUGAAUGAUUAGAAAGGUCUAAGUUGGACUUAAUUGAAUGAAAUAUGUCAAAUAGGAAAGGAUUUCUUUUGUCAUUGAUACUUAUUUUGAAUGUAUAAUGUGCAAUAUUUAUUACUAAUAUAUAAAUAUACUAUAAAUGUAAAUAGAUAAUCAUAUUUGCUUACACACAUAUAUAUGUACAUUAGCACUGCUACGAAAUGUUGAAUAUUAUAAACAUUUAUUGAAUUCGUUUUAAAGAGCUAAUUUUCAAACAAACAAGAAUUGAUUUUCAGAGAAAAUUGGCAUAUCCUUUCUUGGAAUAAGGAUACAAAGAAAACCUAGCAAUACCUAGCAAUAUUAUAACGAACCACAAUGUCGCUAUCAGUAAUGCCAUAAUUGUUUUCAAACAUUUACUUUUCACAUUGGUACUUAACUAGUUAACCUGUUGUGAAUAGAAAUUUCACUGUUUCUUUUCUUCUUCUUUUUAAACUUUGUCAGAUAUUUGCAUACUUCAUGAUCUUACGUAAUCUAGAACGACCUCUUCUUGAAAACUUACAUUAUGAAAUAAAACAACAUAUCCCUACUGUGAUUCCCAUGACGAUCAUGUUGAUUUUUAUCAUUUAAACAUGUUUGAUUAGCUUGUGCCAUUUCUUGACAUUGAAUAUGAACAAAGAUACAAUUUUUACAUAGCUACAUGUAUAAUGUUUACUAUUAUUUUUGGAUGAUUUUAUGUUAUCACUGCAUAUUCAAUUAUUUAUUUAAGACUCAAUAUUUAAAUGAAUGUAUUCGAUUAACGAAAAGCUAGCUUUAAAUAAUAUUACCAUUAUAUAUAUCUUUAUCAAGAAAUAGUUUAAAUGUAUCUGUAUUUGAAAUGAUAGUAUCAGAGUAAGAACGUUUGCUUUCACUGUUUAUUUAGAUAGAUAAUGUUAAAUCUUAAAACAUUUAUUUAUUUCUACCUUGUUUAUUAUACUGACAUUGGUAUGUUAACAAUGUCACGCAGUGGAAGUGUUAUUAAAUCGUCUUUCUGUGA